AUGCUGCCAUGCUCCUCCAAACCCCGGCCGGGCAAAAGGCAAAUAUUCGUUGCUUUGGUUUCCCAUUUCUCGUUACAUAGGGUUCGACAAUUGCGCUGCUUCUUGAUGAGAAUAGACUAUUUUAACGCUUUGGUCAGUGGAAUGAUGAUAGGACUAUCUACGGAGAGAAUUCUGCAACGGUUUCGCAGUAAUCUAUAUAAACUUACUUUUACCCAUGCCAUGAGUCGCCCCAGGGUACUAUACACACCUUUACCGGCAUUCACUUUUGGUAAUCACAUCACGAUGCCUACUUUACUCAACAUGAUAAAUCUGGCGCACCUUGAUGACCAUGAAAUCCAGCAAGAAUGCCCAAGCAGCCUUUCAGAAACUGGCCAAAACAGGGAAACGAGUAUUUUCCGUCUGAUCGAAGAGGUCAAGGAUCAGAGCUCUCGGAUGCUUCAAUUUUCGAGCGCAUACCGAGUUUCUACUCAUCGAGGGGUCUCACUACCAUCCUAUGAAGAACUACAAUACGCUCUCUCGCUUCAAAGGAACUUGUUGGCUGCCUUCCAGCAGUUGAGAACCACCCUCAUGCUGGAAGAGAGCGGGCCGGAUGUUUGUCUGGAAUGUCUUGCCUGUACGAUCGUUGUCUCACACAAGUGCAACAUAGGCCAAGCUUACAGGACCAUUGAGCCCACGCUGAGUGGUCCUUGCGCAGGCAUGGAGGUUUAUUAUAGAAGGAAAGACUAUUUGUGA